GCGCUGCGCAGUCUCCGCAGGCGCGGGCGGGAGGGGUCGAGGCGCGGCGCGGCGCGGCGCGGGCGGCUCCGGGCCCAGGUGAAUGGAGUAACCUGACAGCGGGGACCAGGCGGCGGCGAGCGCGAGGAAAUGGCGGCGGCGGCGGCGCGGGGCGGCAGCGGGAGGCCCGGGCUGUGACGCGCGCGGCCGGAGCGCGCUCCGAUGGUUCUCGAAGGCCGCGGCGCCCCGGGCUGCAGGUUACCUAGGGUAUGAAUUAAUACAGACUCGGCAACUGAAAGAACUUAGAAUCAGCAUUUUGAGAGCGGGGCUUGCUGUGGUUUUCCAGUAAACUGCUAUCACAAUGUCAAAAUGCAGUUCCAACUACAGCCAAGCAGAGAUCGCGAACAUUGAAACGUAAGCUGUGCUAGAGCAGAAAUGCAAUGAGAGAAACACUGGAUGGGUGAGAAGCUUUGCGACCCCUCAGCAUGGCGGCUCUGCAGCUCCUGACCCCCGCUUCCUCACCAAUGGGUCCUUUCUUUGGAUUGCCAUGGCAACAAGAAGCUAUUCCUGAUAACAUUUAUACGCCAAGAAAAUAUCAGGUCGAACUGCUUGAAGCAGCUCUGGACCAUAACACCAUAGUCUGCUUAAACACUGGCUCAGGGAAGACGUUCAUCGCAGUGCUACUCAUGAAGGAGCUGUCCUAUCAGAUCCGCGGGGACUGCCAGGACAAUGGGAAAAGGACGGUGUUCUUGGUCAACUCUGCAAACCAGGUCACGCAGCAGGCCUCCGCGGUCCGGACCCACUCGGAUCUCAAGGUCGGGGAAUACGCAAGCCUCGAAGGAAGUGCUUCUUGUACAAAGGAGAAAUGGAGCCAAGAGUUCACUAAGCACCAGGUUCUUGUUAUGACUUGUUAUGUCGCCUUGAAUGCUUUGAAAAAUGGUUACUUUUCACUCUCAGACAUUAAUCUUUUGGUGUUUGAUGAGUGCCAUCUUGCAAUCUUAGACCAUCCCUACCGAGAAAUUAUGAAGCUCUGCGAAAACUACCCACUCUGUCCUCGGAUUCUGGGACUCACUGCUUCCAUUUUAAAUGGGAAAUGUGAUCCAGAGGAACUGGGAGAAAAAAUUCAGAAACUGGAGAAAAUCCUUAAGAGUAAUGCCGAAACUGCCACGGACUUGGUGGUCUUGGACAGAUGCACUUCUCAGCCCUGUGAGAUGGUGGUGGAUUGUGGACCAUUUGCUGACCGGAGUGGGCUGUACGAGAGACUGCUGAUGGAGUUAGAAGAUGCACUUAAUUUUAUCAAUGACUGUAACAUAUCUGUACAUUCAAAAGAAAGAGAUUCUACUUUAAUUUCUAAACAGAUACUGUCGGACUGCCGGGAGGUCUUGGUCGUCCUGGGGCCAUGGUGUGCGGACAAGGUGGCCGGCAUGAUGGUUCGGGAGUUGCAGAAGUACAUCAAGCAGGAGCAGGAGGGGCUGCACAGGAAGUUCCUGCUCUUCGCAGACACCUUCCUGCGGAAGGUCCACGCGCUGUGCGAGCAGCACUUCUCGCCCGCCUCGCUCGACCUGAGGUUCGUGACUCCUAAGGUGAUCAAACUGCUCGAGAUCUUGCGCAAAUACAAACCGUACGAGCGCCAGCAGUUUGAGAGCGUGGAAUGGUACAACAACAGGAACCAGGACAAUUACGUGUCUUGGAGUGAUUCCGAGGUUGAUGACGAUGAUGAGGAAAUUGAAGAAAAAGAGAAGCCAGAGACAAAUUUCCCUUCUCCGUUUACCAACAUUUUGUGCGGGAUUAUUUUUGUGGAGAGGAGAUACACGGCAGUCGUCUUAAACAGAUUGAUAAAGGAAGCCGGCAAGCAGGACCCGGAGCUGGCUUACAUCAGCAGCAACUUCAUAACUGGACACGGCAUCGGGAAGAACCAGCCUCGAAACAAACAGAUGGAGGCCGAAUUCCGCAAGCAGGAAGAGGUACUUAGAAAAUUUCGGGCACAUGAGACCAACCUGCUUAUUGCAACAAGUAUUGUGGAAGAGGGUGUUGAUAUUCCAAAAUGCAACUUGGUGGUUCGUUUUGAUUUGCCCACAGAGUAUCGGUCCUAUGUUCAGUCCAAGGGGAGAGCCAGGGCCCCCAUCUCUAAUUACAUAAUGUUAGCAGAUACCGACAAAAUCAAAAGUUUUGAAGAAGACCUGAAAACGUACAAAGCUAUUGAAAAGAUCUUGAGAAAUAAAUGUUCCAAGUCAGUCGAAAGUGGUGAGGCUGACGCUGAGCCUGUGGUGGACGAUGAGGACACAUUCCCGCCAUACGUGCUGAGGCCGGACGGACCCCAGGUCACCAUCAACACGGCCAUCGGACACAUCAAUAGAUACUGUGCGAGGUUACCCAGCGACCCGUUUACUCAUCUAGCUCCGAAGUGUAGAACCCAGAAGUUGCCCGAUGGUACAUUUUAUUCAACUCUUUACCUGCCAAUUAACUCGCCGCUUCGAGACUCCAUUGUUGGCCCGCCCAUGGAUUGCGUCCGACGGGCCGAGAGAGCCGUGGCACUCAUCUGCUGUGAAAAGCUGCACAAAAUCGGCGAGCUGGAUGACCACUUGAUGCCCGUUGGGAAAGAGACGGUCAAGUAUGAAGAAGAGCUUGACUUACACGACGAAGAGGAGACCAGUGUUCCCGGAAGGCCGGGCUCCACCAAGCGAAGACAGUGCUACCCGAAAGCAAUCCCGGAGUGCCUGCGGGAGAGCUACCCGCAGCCCGGCCAGCCUUGCUACCUGUACGUGAUAGGGAUGGUCCUCACCACGCCACUCCCCGACGAGCUCAACUUCCGACGGCGGAAGCUCUACCCUCCCGAAGACACCGCCCGCUGCUUCGGAAUCCUGACCGCCAAACCCAUACCUCAGAUCCCGCACUUCCCCGUGUACACGCGCUCCGGGGAGGUCACCAUAUCCAUCGAGCUGAAGAAGUCCGGGUUCACGCUGUCACUGCAGAAGCUGGAGCUGAUCACACGGCUUCACCAGUAUAUCUUCUCGCACAUUCUUCGGCUCGAAAAGCCUGCACUAGAAUUUAAGCCCACCGACGCCGACUCCGCGUACUGUGUCCUACCUCUUAACGUUGUUAAUCACUCCAGCACUUUGGACAUCGACUUUCAGUUCAUGGAAGACAUUGAGAAGUCUGAAGCUCGCAUAGGCAUUCCCAACACAAAGUACUCAAAGGAAUCACCGUUCGUUUUCAAAUUAGAAGACUACCAGGAUGCAGUUAUCAUUCCAAGAUAUCGCAAUUUUGAUCAGCCCCAUCGAUUUUAUGUUGCGGAUGUAUACACUGAUCUUACCCCACUGAGUAAAUUUCCUUCCCCCGAGUAUGAAACGUUUGCAGAAUAUUAUAAAACCAAGUACAACCUUGACCUGACCAAUCUCAACCAGCCCCUGCUGGACGUUGACCACACGUCGUCGAGACUCAAUCUUUUGACACCUCGCCAUCUGAACCAGAAGGGAAAAGCGCUUCCUCUGAGCAGUGCCGAGAAGAGGAAGGCCAAGUGGGAGAGUCUGCAGAACAAGCAGAUCCUGGUCCCGGAGCUCUGUGCCAUCCACCCGAUCCCAGCGUCACUGUGGAGAAAGGCUGUUUGUCUCCCCAGCAUCCUCUAUCGCCUUCACUGCCUUCUGACCGCGGAGGAGCUGAGAGCCCAGACGGCCAGCGAGGCCGGCGUGGGGGUCCGCUCCCUCCCCGUGGACUUCAGGUACCCCAACCUGGACUUCGGGUGGAAGAGGUCCAUCGACAGCAAGUCUUUCAUCUCGGCCACGAGCUCCUCUUCCGCCUCGGAGAGCGACCCUCACUGUAAGCACAGCACAACUGUAGCCCCUGACAGUGCUGCCCACCCAGGUGCUAACCCACCCUCCUCCCCCGGGAGCUGCAGGGCCGCGCCCCCCGCGGCCACCGUCAACGGCCUGGCCCACCACGGAGACCUAGCCAACGGCAGUUGCGACGCGGCCAACGGAGACUUUUGCCAAGGAGACGAGCUGAGUCACGGCAGGCCGGAAAUACCUGAACAACCACCUACCUCAUAUUCCAUUCAAAAUUUCUACAACUCCGCGAACCAGCCCCAGCCCCAGCCCAGCGAUGAAUGUACUCUGCUGAGUCACAAAUACCUUGACGGAAACGCUAACACAUCUACCUCAGAUGGACGUCCCGUGGCGGCUGCGCCGCGGCCUGGUACCCCGGAGGCGGCGGCAGCGGCGAGCGCACCCCGGGACCGGACGGAGCUCCAGCAGAGCCCCUGCCCCGGGCACUCCCCGAGGACUCUGGGCCCGAACCCCGGGCUCAUCCUGCAGGCACUCACCCUGUCCAACGCCAGCGACGGCUUCAACCUGGAGCGGCUGGAGAUGCUGGGGGACUCCUUCCUGAAGCACGCCAUCACCACCUUCCUGUUCUGCACCUACCCCAACGCCCACGAGGGCCGCCUGUCCUACAUGCGCAGCAAGAAGGUCAGCAACUGUAACCUGUACCGGCUGGGGAAGAAGAAGGGGCUGCCCAGCCGCAUGGUGGUGUCCAUAUUCGACCCCCCCGUGAACUGGCUUCCUCCCGGCUACGUGGUCAAUCAGGACAAAAGCCACUCGGAUAAGUGGGGCAAGGACGACCUGACAAAAGACUGCAUGUUGGCCAACGGCAGGCUGGAGGACGCCUUCGGGGAGGACGAGGAGGAGGACGACGAGGAGGAGGAGGAGCUCACGUGGAGGGCGCCCAAGGAGGACCCCGAUUACGAGGACGACAUUCUGGAGUACGACCAGGAGCACAUCAAGUUCAUCGACAACAUGCUGAUGGGGUCGGGCGCCUUCGUCAAGAAGAUCUCGCUCUCGGCCUUCGCCGCCCCCGACGCCGCGGGCGAGUGGAAGGUGCCCCCGAAGCCGCCGCUGGGGGCCGCGCCCUUCCCGUCUGACUUCGAGGACUUCGACUACAGCUCGUGGGACGCCAUGUGCUACCUGGACCCCAGCAAGGCCGGCGAGGAGGACGACUUCGUGGUGGGCUUCUGGAACCCGUCGGAGGAGAGCUGCGGCGCCGAGGCGGGCAAGCAGUGCAUCUCGUACGACCUGCACACGGAGCAGUGCAUCGCCGACAAGAGCAUCGCCGACUGCGUGGAGGCCCUGCUGGGCUGCUACCUGACCAGCUGCGGCGAGCGCGCCGCGCAGCUCUUCCUCUGCUCGCUGGGGCUGGAGGUGCUGCCCGCCCUGCCCCGGGCCCCCGCGGCCGGCGGCGGCGGUGGUGGUGGCGGCGCCCCCCGCCCGGCGCUCUGGAAGGACCUGGAGUACGGCUGCCUGCAGAUCCCCCCGCGGUGCAUGUUCGACCACCCCGACGCCGACAGGACGCUCCUGCAGCUCAUCUCGGGCUUCGGCAACUUCGAGAGGAAGAUCAACUACCGGUUCAAGAACAAGGCGUACCUGCUGCAGGCCUUCACCCACGCCUCCUACCACUACAACACCAUCACGGAUUGCUACCAGCGCCUCGAGUUCCUGGGAGAUGCGAUUCUGGACUACCUCAUAACCAAGCACCUUUACGAGGACCCCCGGCAGCACUCCCCGGGGGUGCUCACGGACCUCCGCUCGGCGCUCGUCAACAACACCAUCUUCGCGUCGCUGGCCGUCAAGUACGACUACCACAAGUACUUCAAAGCCGUGUCCCCGGAGCUCUUCCACGUCAUCGAUGACUUCGUGCAGUUCCAGCUGGAGAAGAACGAGAUGCAGGGCAUGGACUCGGAGCUCAGGAGAUCCGAGGAGGACGAAGAGAAAGAAGAGGACAUCGAAGUCCCCAAGGCUAUGGGGGACAUUUUCGAGUCUCUGGCCGGUGCCAUCUACAUGGACAGCGGGAUGUCGCUGGAGACCGUGUGGCAGGUGUACUACCCCAUGAUGCGGCCGCUCAUAGAGAAGUUUUCUGCGAAUGUGCCGCGUUCCCCUGUGCGGGAGCUGCUCGAAAUGGAGCCGGAGACCGCCAAGUUCAGCCCGGCCGAGAGGACGUACGACGGCAAGGUGCGCGUGACGGUGGAGGUGGUGGGCAAGGGCAAGUUCAAGGGCGUGGGCCGCAGCUACCGCAUCGCCAAGUCGGCCGCCGCCAGGAGAGCCCUGCGCAACCUCAAGGCGAAUCAACCUCAGGUUCCCAACAGCUGAAGCCUGUCCGGAAGGAGAAGUUGUUUUUUUGUUUUGUUUUGUUUUUUUUUUCCUUUUUAAAGCAGAAUUAAGGGAAGAAAAUAUUUAAAUUCCUGCAAAGUAUGAUUUGAAGUUGAGAAUGAGCCGAAUGAAUUGGAGGCAGAAUUUCAAGUUUGUUUCAUAAUGAGAUAGAUCAUGGAAUAAAACAUCUAACAUAUGUAUAAAAACAUUGGAACUAACUGGAGUUUUAGUUUUUUUGCGCAGACACAAUCUUCUUUCCUCACUUCUGCUUUGUUUGAGUCCCAGGAGUGUCUUGCUGCCUUCUAGCCUGUGUCCCGGAGAGUUCCGUCGUCAGCUUCGGGUUUGUCUGUUGUUUUUGUUUUUGUUUUGUUUUGUUUUGUUUUUGUUUUUGUUUCGUUUCGUUUCUGUCAGCUCUGCAGAGGGUUCGGAGAACCAGUGAGUCCCAGGUUUCCUUGGCCGCUCCCCACGCCAGCAGCUGGCGAGACCCCCCUGGCUCCCCACGUUGAGAAGCCGACGGGAGGAUUUGGUUUGCAGAGGGGAGUUUCUGCCAGCGGCAUCUUUCUGCCCAGGCCAGCGGGGCGGUGCCCUGUGGCGGGGGCGGUGCCUAAUGAACGCCACUGGCUUGCGUGGGAAUCAGAUUCUCGUUUUCAUGAGUCUCGCAUCAAAGAAGAUUCUUGCCUUAAAAGAAAAAAAAAAAGAAAAGUCAAACCCUCUUAAAUAUUCUUUCAGUUCCCGAUCUUCGGGAACAAGCGUCUUUCAAGUCCUUUUCCCCCUCGAGCUUCCCCCUGUGAGGCCGUGUCAGAGACCAGCAGUGUGCCAGUGUGGCUGCACGUAACUGCGCACCGGGGGAUGCUGGAGCUUGUGUAUCCCGAAGAUAGAUACCUCUGAAGCCAGGAUUGUCAUCUGGGGAUUUAGAGAGAAAAAAAAAUACAUAUUUUUUAAAACCAACAACAUAAGGGAGCGGAUCUUGGGCCGAACGCCCAGUUUCACUGAAGAUCUCCAGUUAGCGAGUCCCCGGGGCUGGGCAGAGAGGGGGCACAUUGGCGGUGGGUCGUUUGCCCUGAACCGUGUCACCUUCUCACGCACACCUGACUGCCGUGUCCCCUCCUCAUCCACGGCCCGGGACCCUGCCGAGGAGCCCCCCCGCCGGCUCUCAGCUUGCUGUGCUGUUGGUCUUCGCUUCCAUGAACCAACCAGCCAUCCCCGGGCCGCGGGGGGAGGGAAACGAGACCCGGGCGGGCCCCCCACCCCCCGGCCAGCUUGUCUAGGCCUGCCCGCCCCGUCACUCGAAUACCUCAGUUCUUUCCCUUUGCAUGCGGGCUGUUUUCCCUCCUGUGUGGUGCUAUGUUUCUGUGUCAUGCUUGACGUUUUCGUUUUGUUUGCACUGUAACUCUGGUACCUCUGCGUUUGCCCCCUUCGGACCCGCGGGUCGGUCCUGCAGACCUGCCGGGCUCGACUGUGUCCGUCCCGAUGCCAUGUGGCGGCCGCCGCCCGAGGCUUCCCGCAGCCCCACGGCCCGGGCCGCGCCUUCGCCUUCCUUCUCUCCACCCCCUGCACACGUGUGUGCGCCCAGACACCCGGCAGUCCGGCCCCCGGGGAGCCCUGGGUGAGAGAGAGAGUCCAGCUGCCCGACUGUUCCUCGUCUCGGAUCUGGAAUUGGGAUCUAAACCAUUAAAUGAGUUUUUGAGCAAA